AUGUCGCGAACCCUUCGCACGCCUUUCGCUUUACUCAAGCUAUACGAUUUCCUCGCUAGAGGCGCCAAAGCACAUGUCUAUAUAAUUAAUUCGACCGUUGUUUUAAAGGUUCCUAUUCGCUACAACAAUCCUGACACGACUAAUAUCGCGGAUUAUGCUACCGGAAUUGAAUUAAUUAAACGCGAAAAAGCCAUUUACGAAGUGUUUAAUAAGCGCAAAUCUAAGCACCCUAAUCUUUUUUGUUGUAUAUUUGCUAUUCGGGAAGGUAUAUUUCUGGAACACUUUAUAAUAAUAUUUGAGUUUCGAAAUAAAAACCGGGAGAAAGAGCUAGUUAGAGAGAGCACCGUGAUCCGUUGGACAUUACAACUCAUCAGCGCAGAAAUUUAUUUAGAAGAGCUUGGAUUUAUUUAUGGCGAUUUACGGCCUGUAAACAUCCUGUUUACGAAAGAAGAUGAUAUCAAGCUUUGCGAUUUCGGCGAUACUAUUAGACUUGGUGAGUGGCUUCGAACUGCAACCCCAGGAUUUUCUCAAGUUUCCGACCUAAAGACCUUCCGGCCGUGUAUAACUAGUUGUGGUAGCGAGUAG